AUGGAUCAGCCACAACAACAACAACAAAAUCAAGUUAUAGAUAAUCAAGGUAGUAGUAAUAAUAAUAGUAGUAGUAAUAAUAAUAAUAAUAAUGGUGGAAUUAAGCAUAAAAAAAGAUUUCAAGUUGAAAAUGCAAUAAUGGGAAUGAUAUUUUUUGGAUUAUCAAUAUUUUUAAUAAUUUAUGGUAUAGUUCAAAUUGCAGUUGCAAGUGGUAAAGAUGAUAUUUCAUCACGUCAUACAUGGGCAUUUACAGUUAAUGGUAUUUUCUGUUUAAUUACUGGUUUUCAUGGAUUCUUUUUAUUAUUCCAUAAAAGAGGUAGUGCAAAACAUCAUGUAUUGUUAAAUAUUAUAUUGGUAGCUCAAGCAUUCAUUCUAUUUAUCAUUUAUUCAGCAUUGGUUCACCGUUAUAUCAAUAGAGAUUGUGGUGGUGAAUUUUAUCAAAAUCCAUAUUGCGUUCACGAUCAUAAAGUUUAUAUAGGAAUUUCAUUGGCUAUAUUUUGGGCUGUCAAUAUCUUUACUUUACCAUUCUCUUUAAUUUGCUCAAUUAUUCAUUUGAGAAAUCAAAAUCAUCAUAAUGUUGAAAAUGCUGGAUAUAUAUUAAAAACUCUAAUUGAUUUUAAUAGAUUGAAAAAUUAG